CUCUCUCUGACUGUUCUCUCAUUGGUAACAGUAACACACUGCACCAGUACCAUUACCAAUUUACCAGGCGCCGUUUCUCUCUCUGUGUGCAGUAAUAGUUAGUCCACCACUAUCUUUACAAGCCCUGAACACAAACUCUUUCUCAUCAAAAUUCAAAAUGUUGAUUUCUUCAAAUCUAUUACUACCUCCUUGGCUUCAAGCUCUUCUCGCAGAAAAAUUCUUCGAUGCUUGUUUAACUCACAAAGGCGCAAGAAAGAAUGAAAAGAACAUAUUUUGCUUGGACUGCUGCAUCAGUAUUUGCCCUCACUGUCUGUCUCCGCACAACUCUCACCGUCUCCUGCAGAUAAGAAGAUAUGUAUAUAAUGAUGUUUUAAGGCUAGAUGAUGCUCAGAAAUUAUUCGACUGUGCUUUUGUUCAAUCCUAUACUACAAACAGUGCAAAGGUGAUAUUUUUAAAUCACAGGCCACAAACAAGGAUAGUGAAUAUCAGAGGCAACAAUUGUAGCACCUGUGACAGAGGUCUCCAGUAUCCUUAUCUCUUUUGCUCCAUUUCUUGCAAGGUUGAUCAUAUUUUGACUACAAAAGGUGUUAGUGGGCUUUCAAGUUUCUUUUGUGAUUGCAAGUUCUUACCUUUGUCUGAACCGGGUUCAGAUGACGGUUUAAUGACCCCUGACUCGGUUCUUGAACCUACCGGUUCGGCCAAGACAAGCUCUAGUUCAGGUGGGUAUGGUGGGGUUGAUUGUAAGACACUUGCUUGUACUGCCACAACAGAGAUUGUGAGAAAGAAAAGGAGCAGCUUAACAAAUUCAUGCCGGACGAUGUUUCCAAGAAUUACCGAGAUAUCGUCUAAUUUAAUGAACCGGAGAAAGAAGGCACCGUGCCGGGCUCCUCUUUAUUAAACCAUCUACGGCCUACUGCUCAUGCUACACAGGGAGUGAAGAAGAUGGCAAGGGGCCCGAUGAUUGCCUAGAAUUUGGUAAUUUGUUGUUUAUUGAAGGGUAAAUUUGGGGUUAGGAAAAUGGGAAUGAAAAUGAAAUUCUUCCAAUUUUGUUGAGGGCUCUAUCAGUGCUGCCUUUUUUUAUCCCUCCCUUUACUAUAGAGUUACUACAGUAAGUAAUAGUGACAAGAGGACCCUGUUUUUAUCGCCUUUUCUCCUGACUGAUGGGGUAAUUGUCAUUCACACAUUGCCAAUUAUCAGUUCCUUUUUAUACUUUUAUAGCUAUCAAAGGUCCUCCUUUCAAGUGCCA